AUGAUGCGAUUCUCCUGGAGAAUCCAGAUCUGGUACAUUCUUGCCCUGAUUGCGAUGUUGGUGGAGCGCAAUGCUGCAAACACUCUGCUCCUGUCUUAUCGCAGAGGCGGAUCUUCGGAGGGAUCGACAACAGGAAGGUCUCCUACCAUCGUCGCUCUUCUACGUAGGCCAUUCUCGAGUUGGUGCAUCCGCCAUGGGAGGACGAUCCCGUAUGACACUUUCAGAGAAACUCUUGGCCGAUAUCUCUCCGUCAAUGCCUCCAGGGUGUCAGUUGACAAGAUCUGCAAUGACGAUGCCAGCUUCUGCUUGAGCGAGCAAGCACGGUGCGGGGAGAACUCGAGCUACCUGCCCGUCGCCUCGGAAGUUGGGAAGGUCAUCUCUGAGGAUGGGAACUGGGAUCCUCUCACCAUGUGGGUAACCUUCACUCUGCCUGAAAGCGUCUACACCAAGUUCUGUUCUUGGGUGGUGGAGCGACCGGUCCAGGUUCACGCUGCCAGCAUUGAGCUGGUAGAGAUUUCUCCCUCAAAUGGCAACGCAACUGCAUGUUCGGGUGAGGUUGCAGCGAAGUGUCCGUGGGGUUUCACUUGCAGCAUGAGAGUGGAAGUCAACAUGAGACCUCCGAUCUGCCGCGCUGAAGUCGGGGACCUCGCGAACUCGAAUGUGUUACCGGUUUACAUCUUCAUUGCGUUCAUAACCAUUUUUGCGACCAUCUUCAUUCUCGUGCGCCAUGCUCAUUCAGCCCAAGUGAGGGAGAACAAGAGAGGUCAGCUGCGGGAAUACGACGAAAGCUUGCUGCGACCUACAGAUUCUGCCUCGUUCCUGGAAGCCAAUCUCCAUCAGUAUCACGCUGGGAGCACCACCUCGGAGCAGCCAGGAGAGGAGCAUCAACCAAUCCCUCAUCCUGACCGCAUUCAAGUAGCUCGGACACCCGUCAACUCCUCCUUGCUUUCCUCACGCUCAGCGCAGGUGCUCCUGGACCAGCUCGACAUGGUGCUGUUCCGGUACAACUUAAGGAGGCGGGACGAUGAGAGGGACGAGAUGACGGCGAGUCCUGUUGCAUGCUUGUGUGUUGAGUGA